AUGGAGCUCAAGACAAGCUAUAUUCUCGGCACCGCCUUCAUCGGCCUGGGCAUCUACCCCUUCUUCACCCGCUCACCCCUCCCCUUCGUCGGCCAGCCCUUGUCUCUCCUCUCCACCGACGAGGCCACGAUCAAGAAAUCAACUGCUCGCCUCGGCUCCCGUGACAUCGCCCUCGGUUUCCUAUUCCUCUCUCAUGAAGGCCACGGUGACGACAUGGCCGUUGGAGUACUUAUGAGUAUGGUGGGCAUCGUCGACAUCGUGGAUGCCGUCUCCAUGUUCAAGAGGGGCGGGGACGAGAGCAGGAGAAAGGCUCUCGGCUAUGUCGCCUCUGGCGCCGUCAUGCUCGUCAUGUCCUGGCAAAAGCUCGGGCUCGGCGAUGUGAUCAAGUCCAGGUUUUUCUAA